UGGAAUUAAAUAUAUUAUCUUUGAGCCGCCUCGAUCCUCCUCCUCGCUCAGUUGAGUGAGUCAAUUCUAGGUGACGGAGCACUGGUUCUUGGGCGGGUGAAGCAAGCAAGGCAGAUGGAAGAGGAGCUGAACAGCCAUCCCUCCGAUGGACAAACGCGAAAUCCGGCUGCUUAUCCUAGCGGCGUCGGGCUUGGUGAAGGAGCUGAGGCUGAGCUGUUGGUGAAGGAAGCCAAGCCAGAGAAGGAAGAAGAGAAACGAAGAAAGUGAGCAUUCCAUUCACUAAUUAAAAUCAGUUCCCACACCGACCAAGCCAGAGAAGGAAGAAGAGAAACGAAGAAAGCACCCUUUUUAAAUUAGAAAUUGCUCUGUCAAAGGAAAUAAGAACACUGGCAGCUGAAGCUUUUCUUAAUGCCAGCUGGUACCAAGGGCCAACUUCAGCAAGUCUAAAAUAUAUAAUAAUAGCCUCAGAGGAGAGUGGAAUCGAGGGGAAUCCGGGAAAGAGAAGAAGAAAGGGGAAACGGGAAAGGAAGGGAGAGAGUUCUUUUUUGCCUCAAGACUUCUACUUUUAUGGUCAUUUGCUUUGAAGAUAAGGAUUGGAAGGAUAUCCAAGUUCUUUUUUGCUCAGGUAUUAUUUUGAACUUGUGAGUGGAAAACGAUUGCUCGGGUUGCAUUUUGACAUAGCUCAGCUGCUCAAGCGUUGAUAAAUGUGGUUCUAUGGGGGUAUACUGUAUAUUACAAAUGAGUGGGAAUGGGGCACACAGACUGAAGUUCAAAGCCUCACCACAAUUAAGGAAGCUGUUUCCUUAUUUCUAUUAGGAGCAGCGGAGGAGAAGAAAGGGGGAAAGGGAAACGGGUACAAGUGAAAGAGUAGAGAGAAGGAACAGGAAAGAAAGAGGAAGCAGAAAGGGAAAGUUAUUGAAUUCAUAAUAUACAAGGGUUUUAUUAUUCUCCAAGUUCGUUUCUUGCUUUGAAGAUAAGUCUUGCCUCCAGUUACAUUGACGUAUGUUUCAUCAAAACUCCAAAGGAAAUAAGAACACUGGCGGCUGAAGCUUUUCUUAAUGCCAGCUGAAAAUAAGUACUCAUACUAAAUUUGGGAUUGGAAGCAGGGGCAUUUCCCCCAGCCCCCAGGUCCUCUAUGCCCUAGCGGGAGUUGUGAGCCGACGAGGAAGAUGGGAGAAAGACACUCUCUAAAAGCCCCUACUGGCUUCAAAGAACAAGACACUGUCUGGCUUUAAGAAGUGAUUAUGUCGUUCUUAUGCUGAAGUUCGCUGGUGAGUGGAAAACAAUUGCUAGAUUUGUGUUUUGACGUAGCACAGCUGCUCAAACGUUGAUAAAUUUGAAGGGGCUGUAGGGAAGGGGGUGGGAAGAAAGCAAGGAAUGAGAAGAGGAAAGCUUCAGCUGCCUGUGUACUAGUAAAAGGGAAGUAGGUAACUACCUACUUGUGAUUCUGGAAGUGCUAGUGUACUAGAAGAACCAGGGCACUACCCACUCGUUGGCAAAUGUACUGUAGCUAUUGUAGUUGGUUCUCCCCUUGAAUGUUUUUUUAUUGAAACUUUUAUUCUUUAUUGUGGCUUAGAGCCGUUUGCUUCUUUCACUGCUGUUUCAGAUCUGCUAAUAUAUGUCGUUGUUGCAAAUCCUAUUCAUUCUUUACCUCAACCUUUUUUCUUUGUUUCAAAACAUAUAAUAUUUCGUAUACACCUUUUACUUGCAGGAAAAACGCAGUGUGGAGAUGUUGGAUUGCCCCAGCCCCAUAGGAGUACGCUUUGCUUAGUACUAUAAUUAGUUUUGACUUUUUCAAUUUCCUUGGUUGUAAGGGCAUAUCUUUGUUUAAUGCCCUUUUAGAACAGUACUCCGUAUUUGUUUAUUUUAAACAUUGGUCUUUUCAGUUUUUUUUUAAAUUUUUUAUUUGGUGGUAUGUAAAACUUUAAAAUGGAAGGGGUUGGGUUCGAUUCCCUGGAGCGGAUUUUGGCCCCAUCACCGCCCUUCUAUUUUGGCCUUGCCCUUCUGAUUUUUUUUUCCGGGAAGCAGCUAGAAGAUGGUCUUACCCCAGCGGAUUGCAAUAUUCAGAAAGCCUUCAUUUUCACUUCUUUGGUGAUAUAACCUAUUUGCAACUAUGCUUGCGGGCUGCGGCUUGACUCUUUAUGAGGACAUUCUUAGCUGCUGCCAAAUGCGAGACUACUUGGGAUGCUGGUACUUCAGCUAGAAGAGCAAUUCAUAACCCUCUCGAGCAGUUCUUUGAAGCUCAUAGAAGUGUGGAGGAUGAUAAACCUGUUGUGUAUGGUGGGAGCUGGAAGGCAUCUGAGCUUCGUCUCAAGUCCUGGGAUGAUCUUCACAAACUAUGGUAUGUACUUCUCAAGGCUCAACGUCAAAUGCUUAAUGCUCAAAACUUGAGAUUUCCAAAUCCAGAAUGUAUCUCCAAGGUAAGAAAGUCUAUAUGCCGAAUCAAACACGUGCUCACAGAGAGGGCGAUCGAUGAGCCAGAUCCUAUGAGGUGUAGUGAGAUGAAAAGAAUGAUAAAUGCCGUAUGAGAAGAAUGAUAGUUGUGUUAAAAGGAAUGAAUGAGAGAUGCUGUCAUUUGAUCCAGUGGCAGAUAGACAGGUAGUUUAUGGAGUCAUAUAUUUUCUGUUUCAAGAAUUUUGUGCUGCCCAGAUGAUUUGUUGGAGCUGUGGACGUGCUCUUUUAAACACAUUCUUUGCUAGCUCGUGUAUCUGAAAAUGGAUGCUGUGGACGUGUAUCCUGGAAGUGUUUUUUUAUUUGCCUGAUGUCAUCCAUCUCCUUGGGUGGGUAGAACAAAAGAGGCAAACAAUUUUUAGACAAAAAAAUGGAAGCGGUUGGGAGUUGGGGGGAUGAUAAAUAAAGCAAAACUUUAUAUGAGUAUGUGUUACUUGAGUUCAGUUCAAAUCGGUUGAAAUUGUUAUUUUUUUUUAAAUAUGUCAAUAUUUAUUAUUUUUUAUUAUAUUUAGUUUUGUACUAAUAGUCUACCAUAUUUUGAUGUGAUAUCUAGCCUUAUUUAGAUGAUUUGUAUUAAAUUAGUUGAUUUGUAAAUCCCACAUAAUCCUCUUGUAAUCACUCUCAAACGGCCGAAAUGAAACCAGAUAGUUUCAAAUCAAAAUUAUUGAUGUAUAUGGAGUAUAAAUUGGGUAAUUUACACAAAAAGAUCUUUGAUUUAAACUUA